GGGUGAGCAAAUUCAAAAUUGCGAGCGUACAAAACGAACCUUCUCGGGGAUACAGAUAUUGCACUAGCGCUUCUCGGGAUACAACACAUGGCCGCGGUGGCGCUUUGAGCCCUCUCUCUCUCUCUCUCUGCGUCGCCAUGGCGUCUAACGCUCAACCCUCAGCUAAUAGCCCUCCCCCAAAACCUUGGGAACAAGCUGGGUCCUCAUCUGGUCCAACACCUUUUAAGCCCUCUUCUCUGGGUAGCACAAGUGACGUGGUUGAGUCUUCUGGAACAGCAAGACCCGGUGAAAUUGUUUCGACUACAAAUACAGCUGUAAAUAGAAAUGCACUUGGGAGGUCUGUGCCCACUAGACCCUGGGAACAACAGACGUACGGGAACACUUAUGGAGGUGUUGGUUCUGGUUUGAAUUAUAAUUCUGGUUAUGGCUCUGGAAUGUAUGGUUCAUAUGGUGGAGGGUUAGGUGGGUCUUAUGGCGGGGGGUUGUAUGGAAACAGCAUGUACCGAGGAGGUUAUGGUGGGCUUUAUGGAGGUUCUGGGGGCAGCAUGUAUGGAGGGGGAAUGUACAGUGGUGGUUUUGGAGGCCCAAUUGGUGGUUAUGGGGGAAUGGGCAUGGGGGGUCCAUAUGGAAAUCAAGAUCCUAAUAAUCCUUUUGGUGCUCCACCAUCACCGCCAGGGUUUUGGGUAUCCUUCCUGCGUGUUAUGGAAGGUGUGGUAACCUUCUUUGGCCGGAUUGCAAUACUGAUAGACCAGAAUACACAGGCAUUCCACAUGUUUAUUUCUGCGCUUCUUCAGCUGUUUGAUCGGUCAGGAUUACUAUACGGAGAGCUUGCAAGAUUUGUGUUGAGACUGUUGGGGAUUAGAACUAAACCUAAGAAGGUUCAGCCAUCUGGACCUGAUUUAUCGCUCGGCCCUCACAAUCCUCAUGGAGGGCAAAACUACAUUGAAGGACCCAAGGCUGGUCCAAGUGGUGGUCCAUGGGACAGUGUAUGGGGAGGUAAUUGAUUUUGUUCCACCCAGCUUAUGUUCAUCCUGCUGAACGAGCCUGUGAAAUUUGGCUGAAAUCUGUAUGGAGGUAAAGAGUGCGGAUGGAAAACGAUGAUGCCAUUGCAUGUAUACAAAUUGGAUUUGCCGUAUGAGAAAUGAUGCUUGCAUGAAUAAAAGAAGCUCUCUCUCUCUCUCUCUCUCUCUCCAAGUAUUCCUAUGUGCUCUAGUUUUGCUUGUGUUAGUUUUGUGCUAAGCACUUCUGAACGCAAUAAAGGUAGAGAGAUACUAAUGUAAUGUGUUUUUUGUUGUUGUUGCUAUAAUGUAGUGUGUAAAUACUAUUGAGUAUGAAGAAAAAAAAAGUACUAUUGAGUAUGAGCAAUUUAUAUUUGUUAAAAGAGUGUUAAUUCUUCUU